ACGAGCACAAGUGUGUCGAAAAUUCACUCGAAAUUUCGGCUCCCAAAAGAUGCUGUCUGCCUGUUCGCCUCACUUGAUUUGGGUUAAGUGAGCAGCAGUUGACUACAGUAGCUAACUGCCACCGCGCUGCCGCGCACUCUCCGAGCUCGAGCCUCUCAUCCACUCCCCCGACCCGCCGCCCGCGCGAUCGUGACCUGACGGCGGCGAUGCAUCCCCCCACCGCGGGCGGCGCCGGGAAGGCGACCGCGCCGUACGGGUCCUGGGAGUCGCCGAUCAGCGCCGCCGCCGUCUCCGCCGCCGGGAGGACCGCCGAGGGGCUCGCCGUCGCCGGCGACGGCCGGCUCGUCUGGGUCGAGACGCGUCCCGAGGAAGGAGGGCGCGCAGUCCUCGUGAAAGAAUCGACGGAGUCAGGCGGCAAGGCACGGGAUGUGACGCCGCAGGGGUUCGCGGUGCGGUCCCUCGCGCAGGAGUACGGCGGUGGUGCAUUCGCCGUGCAAGGGGACGUUGUUGUCUUCUCCAACUACACCGACCAGCGUCUGUACAAGCAAACAAUCGGAGAUAACUCGCCACUACCGUUGACACCAGAAUACGCCGGAUCAGUUGUACGCUAUGCUGAUGGUGUCUUUGAUCCUCACUUUCAUCGUUUUGUAACUAUAAUGGAAGAUCAUCGCCAGAACAGCUCAAAUCCCAUCACUACAAUUGCUGCUGUAAGAAUAAGUGAUCAAGAUGUAGAAGAACCUACUAUGCUGGUCAGCGGCAGUGACUUUUAUGCCUUCCCACGUGUUGAUCAAACUAAAAAACGUAUGGCAUGGAUCGAGUGGAGUAACCCGAAUAUGUCAUGGGAUAAAUCACAACUAUGGGUUGGAUAUUUCAACGAGAAAGGAGAGGUAACAAAACGGAUCUGUGUUGCUGGUGGAGACCCAACACUAGUAGAAUCUCCUACUGAACCCAAGUGGUCUUCAAAAGGGGAGCUGUUCUUCAUAACAGAUCGUCGGAGUGGGUUUUGGAAUAUUUACAAAUGGGAUGAGCAGAGAAAUGUGGUAACAACACUGUAUUCACUUGAUGCUGAAUUCUCCAAGCCCAUGUGGAUUUUUGGUGUCAGCUCCUAUGAUUUCCUUGGAAAAGACAACUCAAGUCACAAAAUCAUUUGCUGUUACAGGCAGAAUGGGAAGUCAUACUUUGGGGUGCUUGACUAUGAUUCAGAGUCCUUUUCAAAAAUUGACAUCCCCUUCUCUUCUGUAAAUAACAUAGUGUCUGGAGAUGGAUCCUUCUACAUUGAGGGUGCAUCUGCUAGUCUUCCAGUAUCAAUAGCAAAGGUGACACUUGAUGAAAGGGGAACUAUGGCAACCAAUUUCUCUAUAGUUUGGUCUUCCUCAGAGGAUGUUGCAAAAUUUAAAUCCUACUUCAGCUUGCCUGAAUUUGUGGAGUUUCCAACUGUGAUACCUGGUCAGCAUGCAUAUGCUUAUUUCUAUGCUCCGUAUAAUGAUAUUUUUCAAGGUUCAUCAGAAGAAAAGCCGCCACUAGUGGUCAGAACCCAUGGUGGACCUACAGCUGAAGCACAAGGGGUCCUGGAUCUUAGCGUGCAGUACUGGACAAGCCGAGGAUGGGCAUUUGUUGAUGUUAACUAUGGGGGAAGCUCAGGCUAUGGGAGAGAAUUCCGAGAGAGGCUUUUAGGGCAAUGGGGUGUUGUUGAUGUAAAUGAUUGCUGCAGUUGUGCUACAUUCCUGGUGGAAACCGGAAGAGUGGACGGGCAACGGCUUUGUGUUACAGGAGAAUCUGCUGGUGGAUUCACAACUUUAGCUUGUCUUGCUUUCAGACAGACCUUCAAGGCUGGCUCAUCUUUAUAUGGGAUAGCUGACUUAGCGGCAUUGAGGGCAGGAAUGAACAAGUUUGAAGCAUACUAUAUUGAUAACCUUGUGGGGAAUAAACAAGCUUACUUUGAGAGAUCACCAAUAAAUUUUGUUAACAAUUUUUCAUGUCCAGUGAUUUUGUUUCAAGGAUUGGAAGACACAGUUGUAUCACCAGAUCAGGCAACGAAAAUAUACAAGGCGAUAAAGGACAAAGGUCUUCCAGUUGCUUUGGUUGAGUAUGAAGGGGAACAACACGGUUUCCGCAAGGCUGAGAACAUCAAAUUCACCUUGGAACAGGAGAUGGUGUUCUUCGCAAGAUUAGUGGGGAAAUUCAAGGUGCCUGAUGACAUAACUCCAAUCAAGAUUGAAAACUUUGACUAGCCCCUGCUUGUAAACGUUUAUUUUAAAAUGGCAGCAAUCUGCAUUCUGUUUACCCACCAUCAACUGCUGAACUAGUCAGCUUAGAUGCAACUUGGUACAUGCUGCACAUUCUUACAAGACUACAACUACGAGCAAUAAUGGAACAAGCUUUCCUUAGCUUUUUUUUCUU